AGAUGGAAUAAAACUUAACCUGUCCCGUCUGAAACUGAAAGCGCUUCCCACCAACCUACUGGAAUGUGCGUUUGUGACAAAACUAUCCUUAGAUGGUAAUUUGCUAUGUCCCGAAUCAAUCGUUGCUCUUCAACAUCUAAAUUUUUUUGGAACCUCUCACUGAAUGCAAACAAGCUAACUCUGUUCCCUGUAGAGCUGUGUCAGCUAAAGUUCGUCGAAUUCCUCAACAUAGGCGAUAAUCCAAUCGAGCAUCUGCCUGAGGCGUUCGGAAAAUUGAAAAAUUUAAUCACUCUCUGGUGUAACGAUAUGGGACUGAAACAACUACCAUCGACAAUCGGCUCCCUGAGAAAACUAAAAACUUUUGGCGCACGAAAUAAUCUACUCACGAAGCUGCCGGAAUCUAUUGGUUCGUUGAAUCGACUAAGAUGGAUUUCUCUCGAGAACAAUCACAUUGCCGGAAUUCCCGCUGGGGCACUGAGAGGAUUUACCAAACUGAACCACCUCAACAUGAAAGGAAAUAAUUUUGUCGAAAUACCACCAGAACUGUCGCAGUUACGCCGUUUGAAAUUCUGUAAUUUUGAAAAUAAUUUCAUAGAAGAGAUUCAAAAGGAGACGCUUGUAGAAUUACAAUUCAUUGACAAGCUUAAAUUAGAUGGAAACCCAGUCGAUGUUAGUGGUUAUCAUGAUUUCGAGAACUUACGUGCAUCACAAUUAAGAUUGCAGAUAGAUCUACUAGGAAAUGAUAUUGAAUUAGAAUGGGAGCACAGUCUUCCGAACAGUGAAUUGAAUUCCCCUGACUCCAGCAGCGAUGAAUCAGACGAAAUUGAAGCUUACGAUUUUGAACUGCCUCAGUUGGCAAGAUAUUGUUUUGCAAUGUAAUAUACUGCAUAGUUUGCAGAAUGCUGUCGUUAAUCACAGGAAACGGGGGUGCAUUCAGGAAGGCUUACCUUUUUGCAGUAAUCGAGCAGGUCCAUUUUGUCCCGUAGGCAUGUCGAGCCUGGGGCUUUGAUGUUCAGAUCUGUCGCCCAUCUGCCUUCUUCUGAGAGAUAUUGCGGGUGAUAUGUCUGACCGGCCUCGCAUAGCACCGAAAUUUGAGGUUCCCAUCGAGGUGAGGCAGCCUGUAGUGAAU